GACCGGAAUCCUGCUCAGCUACAGGCGUUUUCCUCUUGGCUCUUCACCGUAGCUUGCUGUAGGGCUUGCUGUAGGAUAGCACACACGUUAGAACGCCGCCGUGUCAUGGGCGACAAGCACCUCGAAUCCGAGCGCGUGGUGAUUGAGACGUACCUGCAGGAGCACGGCCUCGAGACGACGCUCAACGACGCCGUGAAUGCCGUCGUCAAGGCGCGCCCCCGGGACCCUUACGUUCAGCUCGGCAAGGCGCUGUUGAAGGCUAGCGACGGCGCGGACGCGGUCGCGGCCGUCGCGGCGCGCGAGAUCCUUGGAAGUUCCGGCCGACCGGCGCUCGAGGUCGAAAUCGAAACGCAGCGGGGCACGUUUGUCGGCGUGGCGAGCUCGGGGCCCUACGACGACGACGCCGACCGCCACGGGGGCAAGGGGCUGCUGAAGGCGCGCGAUGCCGCGCGCGCCGCGCUCCCGGAGGUCCUGCGCGGCCGCGACGUCGGCGACCAGACCGCCGUCGACGCGAUACUGGCCGAGGCGCUCCAGGACGGUCGCCUCCCGGCGAAUGCCGUCGCGGCUGCGUCCGCCGCGUGCUGCGUCGCGGGCGCCGCCCACGCGGACGUCGCGCCGCACGCGUACAUCGCCAAACUCGCCGGCCAGUCGGGCGGGGCGCCGCGGCUGCCGCUGCCCGUCGUCCGCAUCGUGGACGGUCAACAGGCCGGCGCCGGCGCGACGGGCCUCCACGUCGCCGGCAUCUCCGUCGCGCCCGCGUCGUCCUCAUCCCUCGAGGAAGCGCUGGAUCUCUGCGCCGCCGUGCACGAGAAGGUGCCUGCGGCGUGCGUGGCGAAAAACGUGCCACCGCCGGCGUUCGGCCGCGGCGGCGGCUACGCGCUCGUCGUGUCUGGAGACCGCGCGGCCAAGGCGCUCGAGGUGGUCGUCGAGGCCUGCCGCCUCGCCGGCGCCGACGAUAAGGUCGCUCUUUCCCUCGAGUGCGGCGCCCACGCGCUCGUCGCAAAAAGCGACGCGGACGACGACGACGAGAAGAGCCCUGCCUACGACGUCGAAGCAUUCGCGUAUGGCGACGCCAGCUUCUCCAAGAGCGGCGCGGAGAUGGUCGAGGACUACGCUGCGCUGCUCGCGGCGUUUCCCGUCGACACGCUCGAGGACCCGUUCGCCGAGCACGACGUCGACGCGUUCGUCCAGCUCAAGGAGCGCCUCGACGCGGCGGCCAACGGCGACGCCUCCGCGGGCCCGCCACCGAAGAAACGCGGGCCCGUCGGCGGCGACUCGACGUGCGCCGUCCAGCUCGUCGGCGCUGCGUGCUGCGGCGACGGCGACGCCGUCGACGCUUUCGACGAGCGCAAGACCCUCAACACGCUCAACGUGACGCUGGCCAAGGGACGGACCGUCUCCGGCGCCGUCGCACUCGCCGCCCACGCGCGCGGCCGCGGCUGGGGUCUCGUCGUCUCCUCCGACGGCGACGACGGCGACGCGUUCGCGGCCCACCUCGCCGUCGGCCUCCGCGCGGGACAGUUUCGGGCCGGCGGUCUCCAGGGCGCCGAACACGCGGCCAAGUACAACGCGCUCCUGCGCCUCGCAACCGGCGGCCAGCAGGUCGCGUGGGCCGGCGCCGACUUCCGCACGGCCUGAGGGGAAAGGUGUCGUGAUAGUUUACCACGGGCCCCAAGGAGCGAUCCUUGGUUCCAAGUUAUUAAGAUAUGGGGCUGUCUUCAGGAGCCCGAGUCAAGUUGUGCCACUGAGGGACCACUGCAAGACCGGUGGCCUGGGUCACGGUCAAUGGUAGGCUCGACGGCUCAGAUGACACGAUGGCAUUCCCUCCUGCAUCCUGAUACAGUGAUACAGCAUAUCUAAUCAACCAUUAUUACCAGUUUGAACAAAGGGCAUUGCGUUCGUUCACGGACGCCUCCGAGUCACACUCGCAGUUUCCGAGUCGUCGGAGUCACAACAAGGAUACCUCGCAUUGCGAAUGGGCUACGCCGGAGCAGGUGUCAUCCCAAUGAUCCGAAUUUUUUGCUUUGAGUCUCCGCCCUUCGCGCGCAUGGCCCGGGCACCGCCGACCUACGAGGAGAGGAGGUGGUUUUUAAAUUAAAUCGAGGGAGCCCAAAAGGAGGCUCCUCGGAGCCCUCUCCCCGCGGACUCGGUCAGCAACAGUGGUCCCGCCGAGUGUAAAGUGCUAGUACG